UUUGCUCGUGAAUAACUUCAUAAUUAUAUAACAAAAAAUGUCUGGACGUGGUAAAGGAGGAAAAGUUAAGGGAAAGGCAAAGUCCCGUUCAAAUCGUGCUGGAUUGCAGUUCCCAGUGGGUCGUAUCCAUCGUCUGCUCAGGAAGGGAAACUACGCCGAACGUGUUGGAGCUGGAGCUCCUGUUUACUUGGCAGCAGUGAUGGAAUAUUUGGCAGCUGAAGUGUUGGAGUUGGCAGGAAAUGCCGCUCGUGACAACAAGAAGACCAGAAUUAUCCCACGUCAUCUGCAGCUGGCUAUUCGUAAUGACGAAGAAUUGAAUAAGCUGCUGUCGGGUGUAACUAUAGCUCAAGGCGGAGUUUUGCCCAACAUCCAAGCUGUCCUGCUACCCAAGAAGACCGAGAAGAAAGCUUAAAUCAACAACGACAUGGAACUGCACUAAAAUCGAGAACCCAACCGUCCUUUUCAGGACGACAACAAAUUUCUAAUAAAGAGUUACAUUGAUUGGUUUUCUAAAAAUCAAUCCACAGCAAUCUCCAAGGAGAGCAUCUGUUUCCAAACCGAUAUGAGUGAAUCAUUUCACCGAGCUCGGAAUAUUACCCUGUUGAGCCCAACCGAGGCCGGAGACCGACAAUGGACCUUUUCUUU